AACAUUAUGGUCAGAUUCUUAUUUGGUGAAAUGUUGAUAUUAUUGUAUAAUUUUUUAUCCAAGUGAUUUCAUAGAACUACUUUCUUCAGCUUUCAAGCAAUCAUUUAUUUUGUAAUGGGAUAAAACAGGAGAACGAGAAUGUCUUGCCCCAAGUUUCAGUAUCGGUUUACUGCAGUCGUGUUCUUGAUGUCAUAUAUCAACAGACAACACUCGACCAUCGCAUUCGAAUGUACGCCUCUGGCUCUUGCCGACACAUCUGUCAUUCAGAUGAUGGCAACAAGAAUAGGAAAUGGCCCGCUGGUCGCACAUAUGAAAAGAUACAAUCACUUCAUAUGCAGGCCUAUACCACCACAAGAAGCAAAUAUGACACUGACACCAUCUCCUUUGGGUGGUAUUGCUGAGAGUACAUCAGAUGUACCCAUGACGUCGGCUGGUAUUACUAAGGGUACAUCAUCUGUAUCCAUUGCGUCGAGUGGUAUCACUGAGGGAACAUCAGCUGCACCCAUGACGUCGGCUGAAGGUACAUCAUCUGUACCCAUUGCGUCGAGUGGUAUCACUGAGGAUACAUCAUCUGUACCCAUGGCGUCAAGUGGUGGUACAUCAGCUGCACCCAUGACGCCGGCUGGUAUUACUGAGGGUACAUCAUCUGUAUCCAUGGCGUCGAGUGGUAUCACUGAGGGAACAUCAGGUGCACCCAUGACGUUGGCUGAGGGUACAUCAUCUGUACCCAUUGCGUCGAGUGAUAUUACUGAGGGUACAUCCACUGCAACCAUGGCGUCGAGUGGUAUCACUGAGGGUACAUCAGCUGCACCCAUGGCGUCGAGUGGUGUUGCCGAGAGCACAGCUGCACCCCAAACUGCAUCCACAGAUCUUUCCUCGAUCGAUCCGUCUACUUUGACCAGUCUACCGCCGUCAUCGACGAACAUGUCAGCGAUAUCAGAGUAUACAACAUCUACAUUAGCCUCUGGAAGCCCCCACCGGGACAACCUCCGUUGGCCCAAUCAUGUCGGACUCAGUAACACAGGGCAGUACAUUGGACACAACUGGUACAAGUGGUUCUACUUACUCAGCUCCUCCAACAGAUGAAAGUAGCGAGACUAAUGAUUAGUGGUUAAAUGUUUAUUGCUGAAAAGCUCCUGCAUGAGAUAUUGACAAUAAUGUCAUCAAAAUAAGCCUAUAUAUCGCAGUCUACAUGUGUUGUCAUUAUGUAGUCCAUGCGGUGAUUUGGAUGAGAUUUUAAUGUAUUUAUUUACAAACAAAAUAAACAACAUUAUUUACAGAAUUUUCAAUCAAGCUUCAGUGUAGGCCUAAAAUAAAAAAUCAUAAAAGGUAAUUGAAUCAGGGACUGAAUUUAAAACGUUGCAAUAUAUCUGACUAUGAGCUAAAAAAAAAUGAGGUAUCAAAACGGAGAGGGUUGCCUAAAAAUCGAUAAAGAAGCAAGCCCUGUGACUUAUAAUUUCAAAGUAAGGAAUCUUUAAUAAUAUGUAAAAUAAUGAACGUAAAGAGACAAAAUAGUAAAUGGAUAAAAAACACGAGAAAAAGCUAGAACAUGAUUGCCAUAAUAUAGGACAAACGAGGAGUUUUAAAAAGGAAGAGAGGGGACUGGUGGUGGAGAGGUAAGAGAUGGUGAAAAGGGUGAUGAACAAAACUUUAAGCACGUUGUUUAAGCCCAGCCUCUAUCAUAAUAUAUUUUCAAACUGUCAAACAUAAAUUAUGUCUUGCAAUUAAUUGUAAAUUAGUGAUUAAUUGCUAAUUUGCUCCAUAAAACAAGGGGUUUAAUUUGAUUUGCUAUAACUAACGUUGAUCGAUCAAUUGUAAAAUUGCAACAGAAUAUUUGCAAUUAAUAUAUAUUUUCUUGCGACACCCCCUAAGUCAGGUGAAAUUGUGGUUUUAAUAUGAUUGACAACUGAUUCAGUGCAGUAGAUAUUUAUUGCUGCAACUUAUUUCAUUAUAAGGGAG